AUCAACUCCAUCACGGCAGGCGCAGGCCAUCCAUUGCCAACUCAAUGGCGUCACCGCACCAGCACAAACCUCGACGUCGGAGGAAGAUUGAAGAGGGUUCGCUUGCCCACGUAACCCAUGGCACUCUAGACCUUGACGCGCAAACCCACGCGCGAAAGCCUGCGUUCCCUCUCGUUGCAUUUCUCUGGCCUGCAAAAGGCACCGUGUCGCAAUGGGUCACGAUACCCCUGAUCUUGAUGACCGCUGGGCUCUUUAGGUGGGUCACGGGAUUAUGGGGCUACUCAGGCCUUCGUUCGCCGCCAAUGCAUGGAGACUUCGAGGCCCAGAGGCAUUGGAUGGAAAUCACAAAGCAUCUUCCCGUUUCGGAGUGGUACUUCCAUGAUCUCGAGUGGUGGGGCCUGGACUACCCUCCCCUAACAGCAUACCACAGUUGGCUUCUUGGAGUCAUCGGCUCUGCGAUUAACCCCGACUGGUUUGCCCUUUUCAAGUCCCGCGGUCUUGAUGAUCCGUCCUUGAAGAUCUACAUGCGAGCGACCGCUUUCAUAUCUGAGUACCUCAUCUACAUACCAGCUGUAAUAAUCUUCCUCCGCCGAUAUUCUCGUGUUGAGCGGGUCAACGUUUGGGAGGCAUCCAUUGCCCUCGUCGCGGUCCUGAUGCAGCCUGCGACGAUUCUGAUCGACCACGGUCAUUUCCAGUAUAACACAGUCAUGCUUGGAUUCAUGCUCGCAAGCAUGUCGAGCAUGGCCGCCGGACGCCCCUUGUGGAGUUGUGUCUACUUCGUCGGUGCGCUUGGGUUCAAACAAAUGGCCUUGUUUUACGCUCCCGCCGUCUUUGCCUACCUGCUAGGGAUAUGCGUCUUUCCUAAGGUAGACUUGAUGCGCUUAUUAGCCAUCGCUGUAGUUACGGUGCUCUCGUUUGCCCUGCUCUACCUUCCGUUUCUACUGGGGAUCUUAUACGAUAUGUACCGAGGCAUCUCUCUAGAAGACUUUCCAAUUCCUCCGCUCCUGGCUUCUUUUCCAGUGCCUUUGGACGAAAAAUCUUGGUUCUAUCCCAUCAUUCUCGAGCUCGCACAGACCGUGCACCGGAUUUUCCCCUUUGCACGUGGUAUAUUUGAGGACAAGGUAGCCAACAUAUGGUGCGCCAUUCACACCUUCCAUAAGCUUCAUCAGUACUCAGGCCCGCUGCUCCAACGAGCUGCGCUUGUUGCCACAUCUGCCGCUAUUGCACCCCCUUGCCUCAUUCUUUUCUUCAAACCACGAAAGGAACUUCUCCCUCUCGCUUUAACCGCUACUUCCUGGGGUUUCUUCCUCUGCUCGUACCAAGUCCACGAGAAGAACGUCCUGCUUCCUCUACUUCCCAUGACCGUUCUAUUGAGUGGGGAUGGAGGUCUGCUCCCAUCAAUACGUUCAUGGGUCGGGCUAGCCAACAUCCUUGGCGUCUGGACCAUGUUUCCGUUGCUGAAGAGGGACGGCCUAAGGGUCCCAUAUUUGGUCAUUACCUUGUUGUGGGCCUACCUCCUUGGCCUGCCUCCGGUAUCGUUCUCUGCAUAUCAUGAGGGGAGCACAGGCGGAUUAAGACUCCCAACUAAGAUUCUCCACCUUAAUAUCUACCUUGCCAUGGUAGGAUGGCAUUUAGUUGAAGCGUUCGUACCGCCUCCGACGACCAAGCCGGAUCUUUGGACAGUGACAAACGUGCUCAUCGGUUUUGGGGGCUUCGGGAUUUGCUACCUCUGGUGUUUAUGUCAACUUUUCUGGAAGAGUGGACUGAUGCAAGUGAAAUCAGGAGGCGCGGGAGAGGAGAAGGACAAGGCAAAAUUCAAAACACUAUGAAGGGGGUUUUAAUUCCUAGAUUGUCUCUUAAGAUACCCAUGUCUCUGAUUAGAGGGAAGAUUCUGCUUUUAUUUAUGCUUGUUGUAUAUAGUAUAUGUUUACAAUCAGGCGACCAUCCCAAGCUGCGUUCGCCCGCAAUGAUAACGCCGAACCAAUGCUAUCCUGUACAGCCUUCCUGUAUUCGUCUCGUACUCAUCGUACAUGGGAAGCGUCCUGCUUCAUAUCUUGAACCCGUAGCCAGCCAUACAGUCCUUGUAUUUCGUCACUAGGCCGGCGCAUUCUUUUUGGGCAUUGUCGCCGGUCGAGAAGAGCAUGCAUUCGUCGCGGGCGGCCUUCUCGUCUUUGCAAACGCAGCAGGG